AUGCCAGGACCGGAGGAGGAGGAGGGGGAUGAAGGAAGAACCGGGAGGGACCCCGGGACGGGGGGAGAGGGGGAUUCACCCAGCGCCGGGCACCGAGGGAGGGACCGGGAGGGGCCCUGCGAGCACGGAAGGGAGGGGGAGAAGGAGGCACCGGGAAUGCGCCCGGUACCGGUGGGAAGGGCAGAAGGGAGGAACGGUAGCGAUCCCGGGGAGUCCCGGCGCUGGGGCGGAGCCGCACCGCCGAACCGCGGGGGGAAGCCCGGCGCGUCCCCCGCGCCCCGUGACAGCCCCGCGAGCCGCACCGGGACGGGCACGGAGCGCACCGGGAGCGGCGGGGCCUGGCGGAGGGCGGAGCGCGGCCUCCCCCGGCCCAGCCCGGCACUCACCGGCUCGCGGCCUCCCCGCGGGGCCUCCGGCGCCACCAACGCGCGGCCGGUGCCGGCGGCGGGCGGGACCCGCUCGGAGACGCCGUCGCGCCGUUACUGCGUGCUUGAUCCCGGAAGAUCCCGGGCCCGGCGGGCUCGGAGCGAGCCCGGUCUGUGCCCACGGCGCCGUUACCGGGGGGUUCCUCACCCCGCUCCCGUUACCGGAGGAAUCAGCACCCUCGCCCGGCUCACCUGCCCCGUUACCGGAGAGUUUCCUCCUUCCCGGUCUCACCCACCUGCCCCGUUACCGGAGGAUUUCCGGUGCCGCUCCCGGCCACCCCUGGUUCUGCCCAUCUCCUGUUCUUUGAAGACCCCCCCAGCCCCGUUACCGGGGUAUCUUCGGUUCCAUCCCCAGCCCCGUUACCGGCGGGACCUCCACGCUGGUCCCCGGUUACCGGAGAAGCCGCCCCCGCCCCCGAACCUCCCUCCCCGGUCACCGACAGAGCCCCCACACCGUGUUAGCAACAAGAAAGUUUUAUUCACGGCGCGGCGGCCGCCGCAAAGCACAGAACGGGCCCGGCCCGGCGGGGCCCCCCCGUGGCACCGGGACAGCACCGGGACGGCACCAGGAGGGGUCACCGGGCGUCACCGGGGCGUGUCCCCGCUCUGGGGGCCGUUACUUGGACCUCUGCCUCAUCUUCCUCCUCUUGCGCUUCAGCCUGGGAACAGAGCGGGGCCGGUGUCACCCCGGGAAGGCACCGGGAGGGAACCGGGGGUGGCACCGGGAGCUCCCCCCGGGCUGGGAGGGCACCGGGAGCCGCCCCCGGUGCGGCGGGGCCGGCCCGGGGCUCUCACGUACCUGCGCAUUCGCUUCUUGCGCCACUUGGCCCUCAUGGCGGUUCGGCGGGGCCCCGCUCAGUCCCGGCGGGCGGGGGGCGGCAGAUGGAGGCGGAUGGCGGCGGAUGGAGGCGGCGGCCGUGGAAGGCACCAAGAUGGCGGCGGCCGAGAGGGGCGCGAGCCGACCGGUGGGGCCUAUUUAUAGGCAAGCGUUCAGGCCACGCCCACCGCCGCGCGAGGCAUGACGGGAAGUGUAGUUCCUUGUUGAUGGAGCAUCAUGGGAGUUGUAGUCCAGCCGCCGGCCGCCAUUUUGCGCCGCCGCGGGGUUCGGUUCCUCCCCGCCUCAAAUUUAUUGGAAAUAAAAGCACCUAAUUUUUUUUUUUCGUCAAUUUCCGCUUAUCCAAGCCUUUAACAGUAAUUUUGUUGCAUCCCGAAGCCCCUCUGGAGACUUACCUUUCAAGUAAAAAUAUAAAAUACUUUUAUAUUGUAGCAUAAAAGAUACAAAAUAAAAAAUUAAAUAAA